UAACAUGCCACGUAAUCUCCAACAUUAACGUCAAUUAAUGUUUUGGGCAAUAGGGAUUUAACGUCAUCGAUAAUUUGCAACAACAUGAAAGACUAUGAGAGGUAUUUUCUAUGUUCAAGACGAACUUGACCGACACUCACACUUCACUUUCCGCUACCAAUUUGGCUAUUCACUCUUUCUUAAACUUUUUCUUUUUAUUUGAUAUUGCACUAAAGGGUUAUAACGAUUUGUCAAGCCGAUUCGAACUUAGAUUAAGUGAGUAGUAAAUUCUCAUCCGUUAGGUAACGCCUAAUAUUCACAGUAAUUUUUUAAUAGAAAAGCAAAAAACAUGUCCUGAAUGUCAUCCCCCACCAGAGGCAGAGGAGCCAACAUAGCAAGCAUGCAUGAAUGAAUGCAGUGUCUAACAUGCGUUGAAUGGUACAAAUAUUCUCAGAAUUUGAAACUAACGGCUACUAGUGUUGUAUUAAAGCUAAGCAAAACAUCUCGUGACACUUCCUGCAAGCUCCUCCUCGGCUCCUCAAUUUCAUGUUAAUUUCAGUUUCUUCCUUCUCUGUUCUCUCUCUCUCUCUCACCAAAGGAUCCUCGUGAUGAAGAGCUCUUACAUCUCACGAGCUUCAUAUUCCCAUGAAAAACGCACACCCAGACCCAGACCCAGACCCAGACCCAGUUCAGUUUUGAAUCCUUCAAAUACCCCUCCACAACACCAUGCAUCCCACACCAUCAUCAAACAGCACCACCAACACAUUCAAUGGAGUCCAAACUUCAAAUCCUUUUCCUCACCCUUUUCAUCUCCUCUCUCACCAUCCAUGCCCAAACUCUCAGAACUUACAUAGUUCAGCUACACCCUCAUGGCACAACCACCUCCUUCUUCACCUCUAAGCAAGAAUGGCACCUUUCAUUCAUCCAACAAACCAUUUCCUCCGACGAGGACCCUUCUUUGCGGCUCCUCUACUCCUACCGUUCCGCCAUGGACGGUUUCGCAGCUCAGCUAACUGAUUCUGAGCUUGAGUUCCUGCAGAACUUGCCUGAUGUCAUCUCAGUUAAGCCUGACAGAAAGGUCCAGAUUCAAACCACUUACUCUUACAAAUUCUUGGGGUUAAACCCUGCAAGAGAAAACGGUUGGUACCAAUCAGGGUUUGGUCAUGGAACCAUAAUUGGGGUUCUUGACACUGGAGUGUGGCCAGAGAGUCCUAGCUUCAAUGACCAUGGAAUGCCACCAGUUCCUAAGAAAUGGAAGGGUGCGUGCCAAGCAGGGCAAGCUUUUAACUCUUCCAUUUGUAACAAAAAACUCAUUGGUGCAAGGUACUUCACCAAAGGCCAUCUUGCAGUUUCACCUUCAAGAAUUCCAGAGUAUCUCUCUCCAAGAGACUCCUCUGGACAUGGCACACACACUUCUUCCACAGCUGGUGGAGUUCCAGUGCCAAAUGCAGGGGUUUUUGGCUAUGCAGAAGGUGUGGCCAGAGGCAUGGCCCCUGGUGCCCACAUUGCAGUGUACAAAGUUUGCUGGUUCAAUGGCUGCUACAAUUCUGAUAUUCUUGCUGCAAUGGAUGUUGCAAUUAGAGAUGGUGUUGACAUUCUGUCACUGUCUCUUGGUGGAUUUCCAGUGCCUUUAUAUGAUGACAGCAUUGCCAUUGGAAGCUUCAGAGCAAUGGAGCAUGGGAUUUCAGUGGUUUGUGCAGCAGGGAACAAUGGCCCAUCAGCAAUGUCUGUUGCCAAUGAAGCUCCUUGGAUUAACACUGUUGGUGCUAGCACACUGGACAGGAAGUUCCCAGCUUCAGUUCACAUGGGUAAUGGACAAGUCCUCUAUGGAGAAUCCAUGUAUCCUGCAGCGACGAACCGGGUAAGGAGCAAUCAUGAAGAGCUUGAGCUUGUUUAUCUGACUGAAGGGGAUAUAGAGAGUCAAUUUUGCCUCAGAGGGUCACUUCCAAGGGAGAAAGUUCAGGGGAAAAUGGUGGUUUGUGACAGAGGUGUCAAUGGAAGAGCAGAGAAGGGUCAAGUAGUGAAGGAAUCAGGUGGUGCUGGUAUGAUCUUGGCAAACACUGAGAUAAACUUGAAUGAAGAUUCAGUUGAUGUUCAUGUCUUGCCAGCAACUCUGGUAGGAUUUGAUGAAUCAGUGAAAUUAAAAGCUUACAUAAACUCUACAAGAAAACCCCUUGCUAGGAUUGAGUUUGGAGGAACUGUGAUAGGGAACUCUAGAGCUCCAGCAGUGGCAACAUUCUCUGCAAGAGGACCAAGCUUCACCAACCCUUCAAUUCUCAAACCUGAUGUUGUAGCUCCUGGUGUCAACAUCAUUGCUGCAUGGCCUCAGAACCUUGGUCCUACAAGCCUUCCACAGGAUCUUAGAAGAGUGAACUUCUCAGUCAUGUCUGGUACCUCAAUGUCAUGUCCUCAUGUUAGCGGAAUUGCGGCUCUUGUUCAUUCAGCUCACCCGAAAUGGAGUCCUGCCGCUAUCAAAUCAGCAAUAAUGACAACAGCUGAUGUAACUGAUCACAUGAAAAGACCAAUUCUAGAUGAAGACAAACCAGCUGGUGUUUUUGCUAUUGGAGCAGGAAAUGUGAAUCCACAAAGAGCAUUGAACCCAGGACUUGUGUAUGACAUCAAACCAGAUGACUAUGUAACCCAUCUUUGUAGCCUUGGAUACACAAGUUCUGAGAUUUUCAGCAUCACACACAGGAAUGUGAGCUGCUAUGAAAUCAUGAAGGUGAAUAGAGGCUUCAGCCUGAACUAUCCUUCAUUCUCAGUCAUUUUUAAGAGUGGGAUGAGCAGAAAGAUGUUCAGCAGGAGGGUCACAAAUGUGGGGGAUCCUAACUCCAUCUACUCAGUGGAGGUUAUGGCACCUGAAGGGGUGAAAGUGAUUGUGAAACCCAAGAGGCUUGUGUUCAAAGAAACAAAUGAGAGGUUAAGUUACAGGGUGUACUUUUUGUCAAGAAAAAGAGUUAGAAAAGGUGCUGAUAUGAUGACUUUUGCAGAAGGGCAUUUGACAUGGGUCAGCUCACAAAAUGGUUCUCACAGGGUUAGAAGCCCAAUAGCAGUGACUUGGAAGUCCAAGUAGUAGUAGUAGAUUCCAUCCAUUGUUAAGUUCUUCUUAGAGCUUAUUUUUAUCAUUGGUUCAAUAGCUUUAUGUCUAGCAGAGUUUAUGCUGAACUUUGCUUAAGUAAACCCAUUUAUAAUGCUAAAUAAUUGGUCUGUGCCAAGUUUUA